AUGAAUCAACAGGAUUUGGCCAACACAGCUUGGUCCUAUGCAGCUCUGGAGAUCCAGGAUGCAACCUUGAUCCUGGCCAUCGCGCAGCGCGCGCUGGUUGUCUUCUCAUCAGAGACUAAACUUGAGGUGGCUCGUGAUCUUGCUCUUCUGGCCUGGUCAUUAGCCAAGUUGAGUUUGGCAACUCUGCCAAUCAUGAGCUCAAUAUCAGAGCUGAUGAUGAAGCAAAUCCAUGCCAAAAGCAGUGGUCCGCAGGCGCUUGCGAACAGUGCUUGGGCUUUCGCUACCAGUGCUAUCAGAAACGAGCCCUUAUUCGAGGCCAUUGCCAGGCUGUCUCUAGAAACCCUUGCCGAGUUCGAUCAGCAGGAGCUGACUAAUACGUCAUGGACAUUUGCUGAGAUACGGUGCCGCAACAUGCCCUUGAUUGAAGCAAGUUCAGUGGCAAUCCUCGGCGCCCUGAGUAAUGGCAUGACGGAGGAAGAGGUGGCGCGAGGUGGAUAUGCCAUGGCGUGGGCACAGGACCGCCAUGGCCGUUCAGACCUCUCCCGAGCUUUGGUUUCACACUUCAUCGCAGGUGCCCGGUGCCACAGCAUGGCCUGGGGCCUGGUGAUUCAAGACGAGGAGUGGCGCCACAACGCCCCGCCGCAUGGCGCAGUGUGUGCCCUGGAGUUCUGGGCAGAGUUGGAGAUGCUCGAAGGACCCGAAGGAGAAGCCAUCUCUGACAUGGCAAGGACACUAUGGACACUGCUUCUAGCUCUGACCCUUGCCGUUUUUGUCCCUCAGCUGGCUUUCAUGGCGAAAAGAGCGAUGCCACAACCCAUCGUCUUUGUGACGGGCAACGCCAAGAAACUAGAGGAGGUUAAGCAAAUCCUCUCAUCGGGCUCAGAGGAGUUGCCCUUUGACGUCACUUCGCAGAAGGUGGACCUUCCAGAGCUGCAGGGCGCCACCUGCGAAGAGAUCGCCAUCCAGAAGUGCAAAAUGGCGGCAGAGCACGUCAAGGGCCCCGUGAUGUGCGAGGACACCUCCCUUUGUUACCACGCCCUCAAGGGUCUACCAGGUCCUUACAUCAAGUGGUUCCUUCAGAGCUUGGGCCAUGAGGGCUUGAACAAGCUCUUGGCAGGAUACGAGGACAAGUCAGCCUAUGCUCAGUGCCUUUUCACCCUUUGCGCAGGGCCUGGAAAGGAAGUUCGUGUCUUUGAUGGGCGCACAGAGGGUAAGAUAGUGGAGGCACGAGGUCCCAAGGACUUCGGUUGGGACCCCGUCUUUGAGCCGCUUGAGAGUGGUGGGCAGACCUUUGCGGAGAUGAAUAAGGAAGCCAAGAAUGGUAUCUCCCAUCGCGGUCGUGCACUGCAGCUGCUGCGCACCUGGCUGGUGAGUAAUGCGGAGACUUUUGCGAAAGAAGCGCAAUAG